UGAGCUGAGUCUCAUGUUUCAGCUCCUCCUUCACAUUCCAGGCCUGCCCAGGCUCCUCUCCGAAGAUUUCAAAAAUGGAGCCUCUCACAACUAGUUAUCCUCUGAAAUACUCAGUGCACAAAGCCAGGAUCUUUGUUGUCUUCCUGUCAAUGGUUUUGUGCACCACCAUUCUCUGCCUGCUGCAAUUCAGGUUUUUUAAAUCUAAAAUCAAAGAUUUUUAUUCUUUUGAAGUCAAGGAUUCACGAGGAAGGAUUAUUUCCUUGGAGAAGUACAGAGGAAAAGCAACUUUGGUUGUAAACGUGGCCAGUUACUGCCAAUACACAGACAAAAAUUACAUCGCACUGCAAGAGCUGCACAGAGAGUUUGGUCCCUCCCACUUCACUGUGCUGGCGUUUCCCUGCAACCAAUUUGGAGAAUCAGAGCCUAGUUCAAGCCAGGAAAUAGAAUCUUUUGCCAAAGGAAACUAUGGAGUAACAUUCCCUGUUUUCCACAAAAUCAAGAUCCUAGGAUCAGAAGCAGAUCCAGCCUUUAAAUUUCUAAUAGAUUCUUCAAAGAAAGAGCCUCGAUGGAAUUUCUGGAAGUACCUUGUUAGCCCUGAGGGUAAAGUUGUGAAAUUCUGGAGACCUGAAGAGCCAAUAGAAAGUAUCAAACCAGAGGUAACUUCAUUAAUCAGGCAGAUUAUCAUGAAGAAAAGAGAAGACCUCUGAAAGAGCCAUUCAAACCAUGGGUAUACAGGCUUCCUACAUUCUUGGGAAAUGUUGCUAGAAGCUAUACCAUCAGAUAAUUUUGCCACUCUUUACCUUUGGUGUUUGCAAUUUGUCUACUAGUUCUGUAUUGGCUCCUGCAGUGGCCUCAAGAAACUGGCACAGUGAAGCACUCAGUACUUUGCAGGGAGGGACCAUACAAUUGCAUAAAGGGUUUAUGAUUUCUUUUUCUCAAUUGCAGACAAUAGCUAAUCAAAAUUGUCACCAGCAGGUAAAUAGUUAGAAAGAAGAUUUAUUAAUAAAUUACUCACAUUUACACAGUUUUUUCCCCCAUUAUACCAAUACACAGAGAUUUUACACUCCAUUAACGCAUAAUUGCCCUGUCAUGAAAGACAUGGGACCCAGAGACAUCCAUAGCAGGGUUUCACAUAAGUAACUGAAGAUACCAGCUUUGCAAUAUCUUCUCAAGGAAGACUACUGAAUUGUGAAGCUGCCUGUUGAAAAAAAAAAAUAUUAAAGAAGCAAAAAAUUUGAAAUAAAGUUUGCUUGCUGCUUCAUAUUUUGCAUAUUUUACAUUUCAGUUUUCCAACACCUUUAAAGUCUUCAACCUUCUCCAUACAUUUGUGCUGCCUCAGAUGUAAGGUCCUCUCCUCCUGGAUUAUUUCUCUUCUGAUCUGGGUGAAGGCAGGGCCUGUGUAAAUAUUCAUGGUUGUUUACAGAAACAUUCAAGGGGCAACAAAAAUCAAGAGCCUGGUGCUCUUACACACAUCUUUCUGAGACUAUCCAAACAAUGUUCCCCAGCCCCCCAUCUACCUCUCAUCUCUAGAAUAAAAUGGCAAUCUUCAAGUAGAGGUAGAAAGGGAUGCAGGCUCAUGGCUGAAACCCCACUCUUCUCACCUUGCAAGCUCCUCAGUCCUCCAUGUAACUGCUAACCCAUUUCCAGUUCUGUUCCACUCUUCCAUUUCAUACUGCCAAGAGUUUUGAUUUAUCUCUUUGAAUGAAGGGAGAUAGAAAACUUGAGUUAGAAGCCUCACUCCAGCUGUCCAUGCCUUGAAGAAAGGCUGAGAUGAUGGAAAUGAGAAAAACUUGUGUCCCGGUAGAAUAGUGACAUUUUCUGUAUUAAAAGGAUGGGUAGAAUUAGUGCUUAUCUCUUGUAAGACUAACACUGGUUGAAUAUACCUAAAGUGCUUCAAAACUUUUUUCCAGUAAAGACAGCCACUCAUCUGUAAAAAAAAGAUGAGAAAUUCAAGAGCAAUUUUUUAAAAAUUCACUAAUUGAAUUAAUUGAGAAUUUCACCAAAAAUCAAUGAAGACUAAGUAAUGAUACUGGUGUGGAAGAUCUCAAUAAUAAUAAACACCUUUUUAGAAAGAAACUCAAACUUCGUGAGUGACAAUUUUAUCCACCCAAAACUUCAGAAUCCAAUUAAGGAUUAUGUAGAAGUCUCAUUAGACCAUACAAGUCUGCUGGUGGUGUUUUAGACUAGCCUCUGCACUGUUUGCCAUUGUCCUGCAAGAUUCCACAUCAAAUCCGUCAAGACAGAGCCUAUUUUUAUGCUGAGGUCCUGCAUUUUACUCCUGUCCCCUCCUGCAUGUACAGUGUGAGAACACAUACUGGGACAUGUCAGGUGAUUUUUGUCACACAUCUCUGCUGCUUUGAUGGUGCAGGAAGGGAACUGAGACAUAGACCCUCUCCCCUCACUGGGAGCAGUCAAUGGUCCAUGGAACUAAGUGUCAGGACAUAGUGUUUUGCCCAUAGAAGGUGGCUAUCUUAACUUGAAAAUGUACAAGUCUAAAACAUGCAUGUCUGUUCAUGUGAAGUACCAAAGCUCCCUGGUUUUUGUAUCACUGAAUAAAAAAGGGUAGGGAUAAAGAAAUGUUGGGUGCUGUUAGUGGAAGACAUGAAAAAAAUGCCUGUUUUAGUCCUGGUACUGUCUGAGAGUUAUUCAGCAUAUGGGAAAUUUCACCUGGGUCCUUAAAAUACUCAAGAUAAACAGUGAGGCAUGAUUUUCUUGUUUGAAAGGGAAAGGGAGGGAAGGAAUUGUGUGCACCUUGUUUGUGACUCACUCACUCAUAUUGUUUUCCAGAGGACACAGUGUAAUCUUGAAUAUCUCAAUGCCAGCAUUAAGAUCAAGUGUCUUUCCUGGUAUUCAGAAAUAGCAUGUGAUAUUAGCAAACAAGUGGACAGAAUUACUUAACUCAUGGCUUCCUGAAUCAUAUUUGCUUCAGAGUCCUAGAGAAAGACUUUGUCUGGGAAAACAGCAAUGGAACUUCUCAUUCCGGUAUUUAGUCACAAUGCAGUACAACCAUAUUCUGAAGAAAUUUAAGUAUAGGAACUGUUCAGUCCUGAUUCUACACAGUUUAAGUUUUUCAAAAUUUACUGUUAAUUAGCGUUCCUCAACAAAUUAACAUUCUUCCUUAACAAAAACUCUAUGUGUUUGUAUUACUUAUACAUCAUGAGACAUGCCAGCUCUUGCAAUAUAAUUUUUAGGGCAGAUCAUUGAUAAACUAAUCACUCAUUUCUUAAAAGUAUGUACCAGUUAUCUGGUAAAAAUGAAGCAUCUAAUGGCCAAAUCUACACAAACUUGGAGAAGCAGAGAAAUAAAAUGAAAGUCAGAAUAUGUUAUUCAAACAAAAAUUUAUCUAUUGUCAAAAGCCAAGGAAGUAGUGUGAAUGCAUGUCUAUAUAAAUAUCCACUUAGAGUUAGUUUAAAAUAUAGCAUAUAAAAAUAUAAACUCCAACAUCUUAAACAGAUUUUUUAAUCCUAUUUCUUGGAUUCUUGAAUAAUCCCCCCACUUUGGGAUUAAACUUCCCUCCUAUGAUGCUUAACAAAGGUCAGUCCAUGAGUAUUAAAGUAAUUUUAUUUCCAUUUGAGCAUAACCUAUUGCAUCUUUCAUCCUAAUCCUUCAUUCCUAUCUUAAGAUUCCUUCACUCCCUAGGUCUGACUUAUCCUUAUUUUCUCAAACAAAUACCAUUGAACUAUGAGCUUCUCUUUCCAAAAAGUUGCCUGGGAGUGAAAAUAUUCUAAAUCCAUUUCAGUCACCAGUAGUAUAUGGUCCUGUAAAUUCAAGUAAAAUACUUGUUUGCUGAGCCAACACAUCAAUGUUCCUUCAAUACUUAGUGGUGUAAGAGAAACAUAUUCACAUAGGGUUCAAACUUGAAAGUGUUACUUAAUAUUUACAUAAUUCGGUAGAUUGUUUAUAAACUAGUUGGGGUAGCUGUAUAACUGUGUGAAAUACAACUAUGUUCCCUUCUAUACUCACAGUUACACCUUAUUUUACACCCAGCAUUCACUCAGUCUGCAUAACUGAGCACAUCUCCCUUUGGUCAGAGGAACCAGGCAGGCACUGGACCACCUAGGAACCAAUGAGAUAUUUAAACAGCAGUGUUUAUGCUCUUGUCUGGACUGUGAUGUGCUAAUCUGACAGUGUAGUCAGUUGCUGGUGUGCGAGGAACAGCUAACUAACAAUACACUGCCUAAUCACCACUCACAACAGUGGGAUGGCUGUGACUCUGCACACCUUCACCAGCACUGCUGUUCUUUCUCUUCACAGUCCAAGGCACGUACAGCAGCACCUAGAUAAAACAAGCAACAACAAAGAGUGUCUUCGGCACUCUGUAGAUGCCUACCAAGAUGAGGAUAAAAUUAACACUGUUGGCUGUGGCAGCAUGUGUGGAGAAGCUCACAGUGUAACAUGAAUCAAGAAGAUCAGUGUGCUUCCAGCCUUUAUCCUUCCACGUAUAGUGCUAUGUCCUGUUCACACUGUGUGGUUGGUGAGAUUAUCUGCAGUUGUUUUAAUGCAUUGAUGCCAACAAAUUAAGUUAUCUGGAGAAGAAAUGAGAGAGGAAAAAUUCUAAGACUGACUUUUUGAAUCACAUACACUGGAAAGGUAAUUGUUUUUCUGGUAUAGUAUUUAGGAAGUUAGUGAAAGUGACUUUAAGCCAUUGAGGACUCUAAUUACUCAAUUAAAAACAAAGAAACAAACA